AUGACAACGGAUGACUUACCCAACGAGCACCUCGAAUGCAUGCAAUGGGCGAUAUCCCACGGUGCUGAAGUCCGUGGCGUCGUUCCGGCCCGAUUCCCCGGUCGUGGCCUUGGGAUGGUGGCCACCAGGACGAUAGAAAAAGACGAGACCAUUAUCACAAUCCCCUUGUCUUUGAUGUUGACAGUUGACAGUAUCCCAUCAACCUUUGUCAAGAAAUUUCAACCCGGCACUCCAGUCCAAGCUAUUCUCGCCGCGUAUCUCACUCGCGGUGAUAGGAGAUCACUCAAGAAAUGGGAUCCGUGGCGCAAGGUAUGGCCGAGUCGACAGGUAUUCGAAGAUAGCAUGCCCCUAUUAUGGCCGGAAUUCUCGCAGAGCAAUUCAGGGGCAGGUGAUAUUAUCCUACCACCUUCUGCUUCUGGGACCCCGGAAACAGCCCAGGCGAAUCCGUUGAGUGAAGCCGAUAAAGAAAUAUAUCAGAAUAUCCUCUCCCGACAGCGGACGCGACUUCAACGUUCGUGGGAGGAUGUUGUUUCUGUGAUCCCUGAUAUGGACUGGGAUUCUUUUUUGCAUAAUUGGUGUAUUGUUAACACAAGGAGCUUUUAUUAUGUCGGCCCGGGAAAGGAUGACCCGGAAGACUGGAAUGAUGCUUUAGGAUUGGUGCCUUUUGUGGAUUACUUCAAUCAUUCGGAUGAAUGGACUUGUGAUGUCGCAUUCAGGCGUACGGAUUACAUUUUCAAGGCAAACAGACGAAUUGAAAAGGAUGAAGAAGUAUACAUCAGCUACGGAGCGCACACCAAUGAUUUUCUGUUGAUUGAGUAUGGCUUCUUCCUCGACCAGAAUGCGUGCGACGCGGUAUACCUGGACGAUAUAAUAUUCCAGGAGCUGAGCCCAGCUGAUCAAGCAGAGUUGAAGCAGCGGGAUUACUAUGGCAACUACGAAAUCACAUCUACAGGGCCUUGCCCCCGCGUUGGGGCAGUCGCAUGUAUUUCAUACAUGAAUAGCGAGGAUUGGCGAAAUAUUGUGGACAGUGAUUCAACCGAGGGAGUUGAUCCACAAAAGACAGCCGAGAUCAUCUCCGGCUGGAUCAACGCUUACCUGAAAGAUUGCGAGGCGUCAAUUGAAAGUCUUGAAAGGAACAUUGCAGCUGGGCAAGAUGAGCGCCGGAAUGCAAGAGUCACUGUGAUAUUGAACAGAUGGAAGCAGAUCAAGUCGUUGUGUGAAAGCGCAUUGGAUAUGGUUGAUCGCGACAGUACCGAUGCUGAGUGA